AUGCAGUUAAGUCGGUUACCGAUCCGUCGACUGUCAGUCACCAUUUUACGUGGAGCUGCAGGUGUCUCCAGUAAUCCCGCGCGGCCAAUGAAAUCUAUCAAAUGGUCGAAAGUCGACCCAAAAGUUAAUCUCGGCGGAACGUACUACGAACUUUUCGAUCUGGACCUGAAUUUCACUCCAAAGGAGUUAUCGGCUGCGCGACUACGCUUGUUGAAAGAGUACCACCCCGAUAAAGGAGGCUCAAAAGAUCACUACGCCACGAUCGAAAAGGCGCACAAGAUCUUUUCUAGUCAGAAAAUGCUGUCCGAAUACCAACAAAGGUGUGGAAUGUUCCAAGGGACGGAGCUCGGGGAAACAAAUGAUUCUCCACGAAACAGAAGAAUCAAAUCGGCGAAAAUGAAUCUCGAUAAAAUGCUCGCUUGGAUCAAAAAGUGCAAAUACUUGCCAGAAAACGAUCUAAAGCAGUUGUGCGACUACGUGUGUGAUAUUCUAGUGUGCGAGCCAAAUGUUAUUCCAGUACCUUCUCCAGUGUCGAUUUGUGGCGAUAUUCAUGGUCAAUUUUAUGAUCUUUUGGAGCUCUUCAACGUUGGCGGGGAGCUGCCAGAGACCUCUUAUGUUUUUCUUGGCGAUUUUGUCGAUAGAGGAUACUACUCGCUAGAAACGUUCACUUUUCUCCUUGUCUUGAAAGCUCGAUAUCCAGAUAGAAUUGUUCUGCUGCGUGGAAACCACGAGUCCCGUCAAAUCACUCAGGUUUACGGCUUUUACGACGAAUGCAUGACAAAAUACGGCUCGAACAACGCCUGGAAAUAUUGCACCAGAGUGUUUGAUUUACUAACAGUGGCCGCUCUAAUCGACAAUAAAGUGUUGUGCGUUCAUGGAGGAUUGAGUCCAGACAUAAAUUCCAUCGAUCAAAUCCGCGCGUUGAAGAGAGACCAAGAAAUUCCCCACAAAGGUGCUCUUUGCGAUAUUGUUUGGUCAGAUCCAGAGGAAGUCGCUACUUGGGAGAUAUCUCCGCGAGGAGCCGGAUAUCUUUUCGGAAAGAGCGUCACCGAAGAAUUUAUGGAAAUCAACAAUUUGGAUUUGAUUUGCCGCGCCCAUCAGGUCGUGCAAGAGGGCCACAAGUACAUGUUUAACGAGAAACUUGUUACGGUCUGGUCGGCGCCAAAUUACUGCUACAGAUGCGGUAAUAUCGCCUCGAUAUUGAAAAUCGACGGAUCAAAGAAAUCUGCAAUCAACUUCGAAGCCGUGAGCGACUCAAACCGGCGCCUUCGCAGUGAGCAAGAAAUGAUAUAA